AGUAGUGUAUAAAGUGCGUCAACGCUCAGCAGUCAAAAUGGUGAGAAGUGCUCUUCGUGGCGAUAUUUGUGGAUACUGCAACGCCUGUGUUCGUAUACGAUUAUGUGCUGCGAGAGGACGCAGUCCGGAGCCCUUGGAGUGCGCUUACAAACAUAUUCUGGAGUCCUAUGGGAAAGAAAAGUCAGAAAAAUUACUUGAAACACCGAAACCUGUGUGCGCUUCGUGCAGAUGGACUUCGGACGCCCAAUUUCCGGAAAGUCCGCCUUCUUCUAGCGAUCUCAGCUUAGAAUGGAGUUCCCAGUCUUCACAUAGACCUCGAACUCGAAGACGCAAGAGGUAGUUCCGAUUGCAGAAGAAUUAUUUGGAACCAAUUCGUCGUAAUCGAAAGUGAAAAUGUCACCGACUCUAUGAGCGAUGUUACUUUUACUCCUUUGCUAGUCAAUGUUUCUGUAUUGUGAAUAUAUGUUUAACGCUGGU